AUGGAUGUCUCGAAUGCAAGAAACGGCAUAUCAAGGUACUACAUUCCUAAAUCCUCGAUGUCGAGGUUAGUUGGACUUUUGCACACUGCUCGCUUACAUGUACAUACGGCCUUCAAGUGCGAUGAAAAGCAUCCAAUAUGCUCCAACUGUUCGACUUCCGAACGUCCCUGCAAAUAUGUAGGGAAAACAAAACGAGUCGUUGCGAAUGAAGCACAGCCUGCGUCAAUCACGUCAGCGCAGACAUCUGCUACGAACAACGAUGACUAUCCACAUCAAGUAGAUUCGCAAUCCCCCGUCAACAUGCUUCACAUAGAACUGUUGCAAUUUUUCAAUACGGCGACGCUGGAGUCACUGAAGGCGCAUAAUGAAGACCUAGCUCUCUCCUUAACGGACAUUCUACAGCUUUCCCUGUCCGCGCCGUAUCUCAUGAACCAGGUCCUGGCCCUUGCCGCAUUACAUCUGAGUCAUGUCCGUCUGUCAGAGCAGAAGUUUUACUACCUACAAGCAACCCAAUUGCAGACACACGCCGUAUCUAUAUUCAAUAAUAUGUGUCCGGAGGUCACCUCGGAAAACUGUCUGCAAAUGUUUCUUUUCUCUGCCGUUCUCGGGACACAUGUGCUCUGUGACGCCCUCACUUACCGACAUGAUGAUGAUCUGAACACACUUCUCGACAGGUUUGUGCGGUAUAUCCCCUUACACCGUGGCCUGCGGGUUGUGACCAGACCCGCUAUCACUUCGUUGAAUGACUCAACGCUAAGACAGAUGUUAACAAACCACACCCUGAACCCUACUUCUGAGGUAGUCAUCAGAGGCGAGCUAGCGAAGCUUUUGUCUCUUAUUGAACGAGCAAAGCUCGGUACCUCUCUCACAAAGACCUAUCGAAUGGCCAUUGAAUGUCUGCAGUCUGUGAUUGACGGGGCAAAAGACGGCUGUAAGCCUACACCUAGCACAAUCAUCGCUUGGCCAGCUCUAGUGCCACUCGAAUACGUGGAUUCGCUUGCAUUGCACCGGCCCGAGGCGAUUGUUAUCCUCGCUCACUAUGCGGCUCUGCUGCACUUGCACCACGAACUGUGGAUUUUCCAGGAUGGAGGACGAUUUCUGAUUGAGUCGAUCACGCAGUAUCUGGGCUCUGACUGGGCUGAAUGGUUGAGAUGGCCGAACCGAGAGCUGUGCGAUUAG